GUGCACAUGGUUUCAGAAAAACUGCUUCAAUAUUCGUAUUUGGUAGUAGCAAUCAAUUUCGAACCAGUCAGUAACUCGAGAUCGCUUAGAUAGAGCCGAGUUUCCACCAUAGGUGCGGAUAUUGUUCUGUCUACAUUUUCGUCAGGUCGACCUUGGAUUGAAUCCAACCCCUCAUCUGAAAUUUACUGGACUUCAUUGUGAGGACUGUUUAGUGUGGUGUUUUCAUCAAAUAUCGAAUUGCGUUAAAGUAAUCACUUGCAUUUUUUUGUUUUUCAAACUCCAAAUCGCAGUUUUCAAACGGUCUAAUACCGAUUGUCUAUAUUUCUAUGAGACGGCUUGUUGAUAUCGGUGCUAAUCUUACUGACAAAGUCUUCAUAGGUGUUUACCGCGGCGUACUUCAGCAUAAAAAUGAUUAUCAUAAUGUUUUAUGUCGAGCCAGAAAAUGUGGUGUGGAGAAAAUAAUUAUAACUGGAGGGUCACUCACUGAUAGUGCUGAGGCUAUAUCCCUAUGUGAAUCUGAUAAAGACCUCUUUUGUACAGUUGGAUGCCAUCCUACAAGAUGUUUGGAGUUUCACAAGGAUCCAGAUAACUACCUGAAUAAACUGGAAAACCUAAUUCUGACGACGAAAAAAGUAGUAGCUGUAGGUGAAUGUGGUCUCGAUUAUGACCGUGAAGAGUUUUGUCCAAAAGAUAUCCAGAAAGAAUAUUUUGACAUUCAACUUAAGUUAGCUAGUGAUGUUAAGUUACCUCUGUUUUUGCAUUGUCGAGCUGCACAUGAAGACUUUCUACAAAUGAUCAAAAAUGCUAAGCAUACAUAUUUUCAAGACAAGCCUUUUCGAGGUGUUGUACACUCAUUUGAUGGAACAGACGAAAUGGUCAAAUGUUUCACUGACAUGGGAUUGUAUAUUGGUGUCAACGGUUGCAGUCUGAAGAACCAAAGUAAUUUGGAAGUUGUGCAGAAAAUCCCGCUUGAUCGGCUGUUAUUAGAAACAGACGCUCCUUGGUGUGAUAUUAGAAGAACUCAUGCAGGAUAUCAUUUUGUUAAGACACACCACACUUAUCGCAAGCAUAAUUCAUGGGAUGAAUCCUACAUGGUCAAAGGACGCAACGAACCUGCUAACCUUGUUCAAGUUCUGGAAGUUGUUUCUGCUGUGAAAGGAGUAAGCGAGGAAAAACUAGCUGAAAUAACAUAUCAAAAUUCAAUUGAUUUAUUUUCUUUACCAAUAUAAAGUUUUAUAAAAAUUAAGUUCUUAGUAAGGAGAGCUAGUUUUGAUAGACUUCAGCUAUGCGCCAAACGUUGCUGCGCGUUUCUAAGUCAUUAAAAGUACUUACAUAUUCGUGUUAGCGCUGAUCAAAAUAAAAGGAUAAAAUGAACUUUAGUUUUUGCAAAACUGUGUUAAAAUAAGCUGAUAGAGGCAGGUCUGAAAUAAGACGGAAGCAUACCUCGCUUGUUCAAUUCUACGGACCAGUCACCCAGCGUACAUUAGAAACUAACAUCUAUGAUUUCCGAAUAUAUAUCACAAAGGUGUACAGAUCUAAAGUUAUAGCUUGUUUUUCUACUUCUAAAUUGCCAACGUUUUGUAACUGAUUUUUUAAAAAUCGAUAUUCGUGG